AUGCCCGACUCGGUUAGCGCGCCCAAGGCGGGCGGGCACGGCUGCUCCCCUAAACUAUUUCCUGAAACAAAGCAGCUUACCCGUGACACCUGCUGUCGAUACCCAUCGAGACAUCAACCGGCUCCAACGCAGAAGAUAGAUAGUAUCUCCUCAUACACUGUCCCCCAACGGCCCAUGAUCGCCGGCCAGACAGUUGGAAACGCCUCCCCAAUGGCAUCCAGUCGUGUCACGGAGCCAACGUUGCACGACAUGAUUUGUGCAGAGCCGGUGGCUGCCCAAAAAAGAAGCACAUGCACGCCGUUCAGAACUUAUAAUGCCACUGCCUUCUCCCCAGCAAAUCAGAUUGAAGUGGCAGAGCGACGAGAGAUAAAAAGUACGCGAGAUGUGCAGAUGAUGGUAAUUGGAAACAAGCGCGAUCUGAUCAAGAACCAGCGACCAAGGACACGGAGGACGACUAAUGCAGCCGGCAAGGAGGUGAUCCUGGAAAGGAGCACGGAAUUCGGAGAAGACUUUGCCCAACCAGUCAAGGGACCGACCUCUCCGACUAUAGUAAGUAAAGAAUUUAGCCACUGUUCAGCAGUCAUCAUCAUUCUGACGACCACCACACCAGUAACGGAAAAAGGGAAAUACCACUACAGAAGAAAUUUUGAGUCAGAAGUUAGGAACCGAUUCCUCGGACGCGACGGGCAGGUAAGUAUGAAAAAGUACUCUCAGUACUUUGACGACCAGCUAGCUGUUUCUGCUUUCAUCCGCAAUGGUCCUUCUAGCGCCCUCGCCCUGCCUGUUCGCCCCCGCGACCGCGGAUGGAGCUGCGAGCAACCAGAACCAGCGCGCCAAUUUUGCAGCUUUUCGACUCUAGUAAACGAUAGGCUCAAUUUACGCUGGGUCCAGGAGCCCUCUAAAACUUCCCGAAGAACAAUCUGGAUGUUCUUCCCCCCGACAAGUUGGGGGAUUCGCAGCCCUCCAAGAGGGAAAAAGGAUGAGGAUGAUGUGCUUCUGAAGAGGAGGUCUGUUCGCCAUUGCAUAGUACCUUGCAGAAAAUUAUGGGACGGGGAAUGGGCGAGGGUUAUGCGACCGACGCAGGGGGAAACUGCAUUUACUAGAUUGAUUAUGGUUAAUGCCAAAGCGUUUUUUUGCCUCCUGUUGAUCAGGCCACCCAGCAAAACCACCAGAUUGAUGCGUGAUGAUCGCCUUGCCCCGUCUGUCAGCCUCAUCGUUAGUAGAUGCUGGAUCCCUUGUCAGUGGAGCCAUUUCCUUCACACGGCACAUAUGGCAGCUAUACACAUCCAUUUUUAG